GUGCGCCAGACUCAACAGGUGAUUGGCCCAGAGAGGGGAGGGGACCCCAGGCCACGGUAAAGGGAGCGAGGACAGCGCUGGUUCCCCGCUCCCCGCACCGCCAUGGCUCUGCCUCUGAGACCCCUGACCCGGGGCUUGGCCAGCGCUGCCAAAGGAGGCCACGAAGGGUCGGCAGCUCGCACCUGGCGCCUGCUCUCCUUCGUGCUGGCGCUGCCCAGCGUGGCCCUCUGCACCCUCAACUCCUAUCUCCACUCAGGCCACCGCCCGCGCCCCGAGUUCCGUCCCUACCAGCACCUCCGCAUCCGCACCAAGCCCUUCCCCUGGGGGGACGGUAACCACACUCUGUUCCACAACAGCCACGUCAACCCUCUGCCCACUGGCUACGAACACCCCUGAGGCCCCGGACGCCCCCGGGCGCAAUAAAGGUGUGAAGCUUCG